UCUAGGGAAGGGCCAUCCAGCCACGCAAGGCCAGCGGCGUCGACGAUGCAGACGGGCGGCCUGGGAAUGCUGGAGGAGGCGGAGACGGGCGCGGUGGAGACGGGCACGACGCGCCCGCGAAGGAGUGCUGGUGCUAGCUCCGUCCUGCGAAGAAUCUCGUCUCCUGUCUCUUCGCCGAGACAGCAGGAAACUACUGAGACGGGCGAGGCGGAGCCGCGAAUGGCAUUCGCGGCUCCGUCUCUCCCGUCAGGCAUUAUGCCUGAUGGUGCUAGCCACGGCCGGCGAAUCUCUCCUGUCCCUCCAACGACCAGGCGUGCGACCCAAGGCAGGCGAAUGCAUGUUGAUGCUAGAGCAUACCCAUCAGCGAGACAGGAGCCAGGUACCUGCGUGGGGCGCGUUAAAAACCUUUUUCGCAGGAUGUGGACAUCAUCAGCUCCAGCUUCCGCUUCUUCGCAGGCUUGUGGUCCCGCACUGAGUGGACCACAAGCCGCUGCUGCGGCAGCAGACGCCCAACGUAGUGCCCCCCCUCGUGGCCAACCUCGCGACGGGCAGAGGAUGAACCCCCCGGCAGCUGCUCAAGACCAGCGGCAUGGAUCUUCAUCGUCCGAUGUUGACCAGAACGGAUACAGCCAAGAUUUCGUCCGAAUGCAACUGGAGGCAUGGUCAGGAUGUAGUGCAGGCGCUGGAGGUUGUCCAUGGCUCUUCUAGCUUUAGCUUCACCGCAUUUUUCACCACGAUUUAUUUCUCAGCCUUGUGUUGAAAGCAGGUGCAGGACGCUAUGAAUAGUAUAUUCUUUCACUAUUCUCAGCAUUAUAUAUUACAUAUGUAUAAUGGAACAAGAUCAUCUACGAAACUUUCGAGUAAGGAACGUCUGACCUAGGCACGCUCAAACAUUCGCGCCUUGCGCUAUUUGUGCGGUGCGUGUUCCGCUUGCGUCCAACACUGAUAAUUUUUUGUCCCACCUACCCACACCUCACAACUAUGCUCAAUCGUGCUGACGCAUUGGCGGAGCUGGUUUGGUUUUUGGCAGAAGAAAUAUAGUGAGAUAGUACUUUAAUUUUGAUUUUCGCACCACGUAUGUAUGAUUUGGUUCUGUUUUGGUUUUCCAGAUGCUGCGAAGUUUUGUAUAGCAUGUGAUAAAUCUUUCAUUAUGGUUCGACUACAGAAACGGUUGAACUGCAACUGCGUAGUUCAUAUUAAAACGGUUUGGAUCUUGAGUGAUUUUUCUGUUGUUGACCUCUAAUUCCGUCGCCGUGAAUUCAGCACUGAAAUGACUGUUGUAUAAUUGCUACAUUUUGAAACAAUCAACUUUUUUGAUUUAACCAAAAGCUGCACGAGGGCGCACGAAGCACGCACGUACAUCAGAAUGGAAACUACAACCGUAAUAACAUCGAGAAGUGCAAGUGGAGAAGUGCUAUGCAAAAUUCUACUUGUCUCUCGAAACCCCAGCCCCGCUCCGAGUCAAAACGACAAGGGUGCUCGAUUAGAAAUACAGAUGAUGAACUACACCAGCCCCAAACUACCCAACGGAAGGUUUUCGCGCCGACCCCUUGACAUCAUGAUUUUGCGUUUGCCAAAGAUGCAGUUGCAGAUCCAAUGAAUGGAAGUAGAGGCGAAGUGGCAAUGCCGCUUCGAGUUCCUCGCAACGGAUCUGCACAGGCAACAGAAGACGUAGGCGAUAGUACAGAUGACGAGCAGCACUGAGCCCAUGUUGUUGGGAAAUCAGUGCCGUGCCAAAGACCGCGUCUUACAUAGACAUAUUUUGUACAAUAUUGCUCCUGCAAAGAGGCAGCAGCAUCCGCUAGAGUGAAGGAUGCACAAUGAACGCGGUGCGAGGCUUGUAGCCCGCCGCCGCCAUUGAAAGACCGCGGUAAAAUCGAUCAGCACGACGCUAGUAGCGAGGACGCAUUGACGCUGCCAUCAGGAACAUUGGAAAUUAU